AUUUUUUAAGAAUUAAUUUUUCUACAAAAUUGUGUAAUAUUUAAAGAAAAUAAGCAAUAAUAAGGUCUUAAAUAAGCUAUAAGUUAAGGAAAUUGCUGGUGUAGAGAUGAAGUUCAAACUAUCAUUGGUCGUACUAUUAAUUCUAAGUAUUAAUUUGGUUAAGUGUGAUGAAAAUGACGAUGAAUUUGAUGAUGGAGUGACAGUCGAGGAAGAAGUCGAACCAGUGGUAAGUCAAAAAGAAGAAAAGAUUGAAUAUCAAAGUCCAUAUCCUGACAAUAGCAAGUUUCACUUGGCUGAACAUUUUGAUGAUUUAAAGCGAUUUGAGGAGAAGUGGAUCAAGUCACAAGCUAAGAAAGACGAUAUAGCCGAAGAAAUUGCAAAAUAUGAUGGCAUUUGGAAUCUCGAAAGUCCUACAAGAAACAUUCUUGAAAAUGAUCUUGGAUUAGUUUUAAAGUCAAAAGCUAAACAUGCAGCAAUCUCUUCUCGUCUCAAUAAACCUUUUAAAUUUGGCAGCAAACCAUUAGUAGUACAAUACGAAGUAACACUCCAAGAUGGACAGGAAUGUGGAGGAAGUUACAUCAAGUUACUUUCAUCAGGAAGUGAUACAACAGAUUUAAAAUCAUUCAAUGACAAAACUCCAUACACAAUCAUGUUUGGACCAGAUAAAUGUGGAAAUGACGUCAAAUUACACUUUAUUUUGCGACACGUGAAUCCAAAGAAUGGAACUAUUGAAGAAAAACAUAGCAAGAAACCAAAAGAUCGUAUCGAAGAACCAUUUAAAGAUAAGCAACCUCAUUUGUACAAACUCAUCAUUAAUCCAGAUAACACAUACAAAAUUUUCGUUGAUCAUAUUGCCGUUAAUGAAGGACACCUAUUAAGAGACUUGAAUCCACCAAUAAACCCACCAAAAGAGAUUGACGAUCCCAAAGACUUUAAGCCAGAAUCAUGGGACGAACGCGAAAAAAUUCCAGACCCAACCGCAGUCAAACCAGAAAAUUGGGACGUUCCACCUCAAAUUGUUGAUCCUAAUUCGUCAAAGCCUGAAAAUUGGCUCGACGACGAAGAAGACAUGAUUCCAGACACAACAGCUGAAAAACCAAAUGACUGGGACGUAGAAUUAGACGGUAUUUGGGAACCACCUAUGAUUAAGAAUCCAUUGUGUGAGAAUGCAGCUGGCUGUGGAAAAUGGGAACCACCAAUGAUUGCUAAUCCAGAAUAUAAAGGCAAAUGGCGAGCACCUUUGAUUGACAAUCCAAAUUAUCAGGGAAAAUGGUCACCGAAGAAAAUUGUAAAUCCUGACUUCUUCGAGGACAAUGAUCCAUUCUCACGAAUUACUACAAUCUCUGCUGUUGGUAUCGAAUUGUGGUCUAUGAGUAGUGACAUUCUCUUUGACAAUAUUGUCAUUACUGACGACGAAAGCCAUGCUACAGAUUGGGCUGAAAAAACUUAUGAUCUCAAGCGUAAACAUUUAGAUAAACAAGCUGAAACAUUUGUCCAAAAAAUGAAGAAAAUUGUUAACGAAAGUCCAUGGAUAGUAGCUCUUUUAGUCGUAGUUAUUGGACUGCCAGUCUCGAUUAUUUUGUAUAUGCUGUGUUCAUCUUCACCAAAGAAGAUUGAAAACCCCAAAAAGACUGAUGAAAUGACUGCUGAUGAUACUUACGAAGAACCUCAAGCAACAGAUAAAAAGAGUAAAUUUGAUUUAAACGAGCCAGAAAUGGAACAGCUGGAAGUUAACGAAGAUGUACAGGAAGAAAAUGUUGAGCAAGAGCAAGAAGAGCCUGUAGAGGAAGUAAAAGCAGAGCCAACAAGAAAACGAAAGCCACGAAAGGAAUAAAAAAAAGUAAAACCUCAGAGAUCUUUGAUAGUAAUUCUCUCAAUACUGUAACAGAGAAACAGUCAGACAUUCAAUAAUUUAUCAAAUAUGCAAUAAUAUUUUGCACUUUUCAUUCAUUUUCCUGUUUUCACUUUUCUUUUUGUUUUCAUUAUUGGUAAGAAUGAUUAGUUUGAAUAUGAUUUAUAGAGUAAAUAUGUACUAUUUGUUUUUCAUUGCAUGCUUUUGCGAUUGAUUGUUCUAAAUAAAAUUAAACUUAUUGAAAUUAAUUUAAA